AUGAAGACGUUUGCCGCUCUCUGCACUCUGCUUGCUUCAGCACAAGCUGCCACGAGGACCUCGGCCCCAUCGGGGUGCAUUACCGUCAGCAAAUCUCCGGCCAGUGGACAGUUCGGGACGAUCCAGGCUGCUGUGAACUCCCUGUCAACGUCGUCCUCGGGCACACAGUGCAUCUUCAUCAACCAGGGCUCCUACGCCGAGCAAGUCCUCGUCCCGAGCCGCAGCGCUCAACUGACCAUCUAUGGCUACAGCACGGACACCAGCGGCUACGCCGGAAACAAAGUCACCAUUACGGCGAACAAGAGCCAGAAGGACGGGCUCAACAACGACGAGACUGGCACCCUGCGCGUGAAAGCCAACAACUUCAAGCUGUACAACGUCAACGUCGCCAACACGUACGGCAAGGGAAGCCAGGCCAUCGCCCUGAGCGCCUACGCCGACAGCGGCUACUACGGGUGCGCCUUCACCGGCUUCCAGGACACGCUCCUCAGCAACACCGGGUACCAGCUGUACUCGCGCUCCCUGAUCCAGGGCGCCACGGACUUCAUCUUUGGCCGCCAGGCUUCUGCGUGGUUCGAAAAGUGCGACCUCCGCGUUCUCAGUGCCUCGAAGGGCUGGAUCACUGCCAACGGACGUGAUUCCUCGUCCAACCCAUCAUACUACGUGUUCAACAACUGCAACAUCGCUGCUGCCUCCGGCAACAGUGUGAGCGCUGGGGCGUACUAUCUCGGCCGUCCGUGGGGCGCCUACUCCCGUGUCGCGUUCCAGAAGACGACAAUGUCGUCCGUCAUCAACUCGGCGGGGUGGUCGGUCUGGAACACAGGCGAUGAGAGGACCAGCAAUGUCGCGUACGGCGAGUACCAGAACACGGGCGCCGGCGCCUCGGGCACCCGAGCGAGCUUUUCCAAGGCCCUUUCGUCGGCCGUCUCGAUCUCAACCAUCUUGACGAGCAGCUAUGCUAGCAAGGGUUACUAUGACGCUUCGUACAUGUGA